UAUACCUGCAACAGAGCUGGACGACAUUCCAGUCGCAGACGUAUGGAUGCUAGAGACCGCUCCAGAACAGCCUUGGAACUCCGAAAAAAUUGCAGCAUCCACGAGAAAAGAUUCCGUGCUUGCGCGAGUCCAGCGCUGGAUCAUGCAUGGGUGGCCAGAUGACAAGCAACACGAACAGUUCAAACCCUAUACAACUAGGAAAGAUGAACUAUCAACUUAUAAGGGAUGCAUCAUUUGGGGAAGCCGGCUUGUUAUUCCCAAAGUGGCACAAUCCACUGUACUCGACAUCUUACACACAGCCCAUCCAGGCAUUGUAAGGAUGAAGGCACUAGCGAGGAGUACAGUCUGGUGGCCUGGCAUCGACCAUGACAUUGAAGAAAAGGCUGCAAAUUGCUCCACAUGCCAAGAACACAGACCAUCAAUGCCACGGGCACCAGUGCAUCCCUGGGAGACGACGCAACAUCCCUGGUCACGUCUACACGUUGACUUUGCAGGACCUUUCAAGGGAAAGAUCUUUCUGAUCGUGGUCGAUUCAUUCUCGAAAUGGCUCGAUGUAUGUAUUAUGAAUUCUAUGUCUUCCUCAGCCGUCGUACAGAAACUGAGGAUGCUGUUUGCCGUACACGGAGUGCCAGACGUCAUUGUCAGUGAUAAUGGCACAGCCUUCGUUUCGGCCGAAUUCAAGGAAUUUACAAGCCGCAACCAGAUUCGACACGUGGCAGUGGCACCUUACCACCCUUCAUCGAAUGGCCAGGCCGAACGAAUGGUGAGAGAAACCAAGGAGGCACUCACUCACAUAAACAUUAGAUCGCCUGCAUCCAGAUUCUUAGUUCCAUUCAUCAUGGAAACAAGAGGACAAGUUUCUCCAGGAAGGGAAGAAGGCACGACUAUUUACAGAUUGAAACCGAAGAUGGACGAUCUUGGCGUCGCCAUGUUGACCAGUUGCGCAGGAGGCCAGCGACAACUUCUGCAGGAAACUCGGAAGAUAACUCUUCAGUUGACUUGA